GGCACUAUUUUGUUAAGAAACUUAAACUUUCAGUCAAGUAGGCUGUGGUGGGGCAGAGGCCUCGGCAAGUAGGCUGCGAAAUGGGAAACUUCAAACUGCCGGCCCACCUAAGGCAGAAUCCUAGAUAGGAACCUCAUUCCCAAGCAGACGACAAACCCCACUGGUCGUACAAUAUAUUUAGAAAACUAACAAAAAAAGACUACAGAAUAAAGAAUAUAAACACUAGAGGAGGAAAAAUGAUCUAAAGUACUGCUAGAAAGCGCAAAACACAGCACACAGCGGAGCACCCACCACCAGCACCACCCACCACCCACCACCCACCACCACCUUGUUGAGAAGCUAAAACUGUAUCACAGAGUCGAAAACUACUGGAACAAAUAGACGGAUCAAACUGGAGUGGUCAGCAAUGAAAACGAGGACCUGCCCCAAGGACUCCCCACAAACCAGACACUCGAAGACGCCGCACAUACGAGAUCUUGUAUGACACCAGGUGCAAGUUAAUGUAAAAUCGAGUAUUGCGGCAAAAUAAACCCAAAAAAAACAAUGAAACACAUAAAAAGUGGUUCAAGUGUGGGGAUAAAGGAAGGGAUGUCCCCUAUAGAAGCCCCUCCCGACAGACCUUAAUCGCAGCUGUGGGUGGAUGGGUGGAUUGGAAAAAUUCUGCUUGGUUGAGCGGAAAAAGGAGCGGAAAGGCUGAAAUCUGGUUGCAGAUAGACACGAGUGGCAAUUGACUGCACUUGAUGUUUUGACUACACUGCGGGAAAAGGGGGUUGUCUAGUCAAAAUAGUAAUAGUAAUAGAAUAGUAAUAGACUAGAAUCAAAGUACUCUGACAUAAAAAGCUAUCAUUGGCAUGAUUUUUCUGGCUUUAGUUGUAAGAAUUAUUCUUUGUUGAAUGCAUUUUGCAAAUGUGCGGCCUCUGGUGGGAUUUCUGCCCGAUUAGCCGGCGCUAUGAUAAGUUUUCUGCACUUCCUCCGCGUCGCUCAUUGCGAACUGCACGCGCGACCAGUCCACAUCCGCCUCGACUCGACUCGUAAAAAAAUGCAUGGACUACGGCGAUUCUACAUUACUCCCUCACUCGCAGCCCAACUGGAAGCGGAGCCCAUCAAGGACAACCGCCAGCUGUGGGAGUUCCAGGUGCGGAGUCGGGACAUCGACUGGCGGCACUACGUCCAGCCCCUGGACGCAUCUGUCCGCUCCGAGGCGGUCUACCUCGAUCGCCAGGUGGACUUUGUGGGCAGCCACCGCCGGAGGGUCAACGAGGAGAACCGCAGGGAGCUGCUCGUCUGCCACGACAUGAUGGGCAACUACCUGGAGGAUCGACACUUCCACAGCUCCGAGAAGUUCGACGACUAUCGCUUCCUGCACUGGUCGGCCGUGGACUACUUCUGUUACUUCAGCCACGAGUACGUGACCAUUCCGCCCUGCGGAUGGAUAAACGCCGGCCACCGCCACGGCGUUCCGGUCCUGGGCACGUUCAUUGUGGAGGCCGCCGGCCGACUGGACGAGGUCCUGGCCACCCGCACCAGUGCGGACCGUACGGUGGAGGCUCUGACGCGGCUGUGCCAGCACUUUGGCUUCGAGGGCUGGCUGGUGAACGUGGAGGUGGAGGUCCCAGCGACCAACAUGGCGAAUCUGUAUUACUUUCUGCGGCAACUGACCGACGUCACGGAGUCCCGAGUGCCGCAUGGACGUGUCUUCUGGUACGACAGUGUCUUGGAGGACGGAAAACUGCAGUGGCAGAACGAACUGAAUGCCCGGAACGCGGAGUUCUUCCGGCGCAGCCAUGCCACGCUGAUCAACUACGCCUGGGACGAGGGCCAUCUGCGGCGGAGUGCCCAGCAGGCGGAGCGGGAGAAGGCGUCGCUGAAGCGCAUCUUCAUGGGACUGGACGUGUUCGGGAGGAGUCGCAAGGGCGGAUUCCAGAGCCUGGAGAGCAUGAGGCUCAUUGCCGAGGGCGGCUUCUCGGCGGGAAUCUUUGCGCCGGCCUGGUCCUUCGAGACUCUGAACCGCUUCGGCUACAACAUCAAGAGCGCCCAGGGCGACGACCAGGUGAACGACGCCUUUCUGGCGAGGAACGAGGCGUGGUGGGCGAGGAUCUGGCCCACCCUGGCCACCCACUCGUACAGGUCGCUGCCCUUCUACACGGACUUCUGUGUGGGCUCCGGCAAGGCCACCUUCGAGCGCGGCGUCCAGGCGGCCCGGAACAGCGCCUUCUUCAACCUCAACCGCCAGUCCCUGCAGCCGUCGGUGCCGCUGGACCGGAACGCGGUGCACAACUUCGCGACGGCCUACUCCGGCGGCAGCUGCCUGACCGUGAUCAACUACGAGAGGGCCUUCCGGCUGUUCGUGACGGACUUUGAACUCCUCCGGGGCGUGCUGCUCCUGGCCUACGCCUUCAAGAACCAGGGCGGGGAGGCGGAUUUGGAUGUCGUGGCGCGGGUGACUCCGUGGCAGGCGAACAGCCAGGACGACCAGUUCCUGGACGUAUUCUGCGGCGACUAUCCCGGCGGUCCGGUGGUGACUUCGCGACGCUGCUACCUCUGUCCCCUGGAGGACCGACUGCCGCUGAAGCAGCACCUUCAACUGCCCCAGAAUCCCCGGGCCGUGGGCGGCGGCUGGCAGGUGCGCUACUACCUGGCCAAGUUCGACGGGCCGGUGAGGGUGCAGGACAUCGGAAUAAAGAGCCAACGGCGCCAGGACUCGAAGGCGGACACCCAUCUGGGCGCCAUUUAUGUGAAUGAGUUCUCCAUCGAAGCCUAUGCCGCCGUGCAGUCCUCCUCGAAGCUGGAUGUGCCAGUGUAUGCUGAAAACUUUUGGAAGGACCCCUAGAUAUCCUUUCUCUUUCCCUUUUUUUAUCCUUUUUUUUGUUAAUUUAAAUAUACCUGCGCUUCCUGUGCAAUUCCGUGUAAA